AGAUCUAUCAGAAUGGAUGGAUCUACAGGGUUCACAUGUGUAACAUGCCGUGUCGUCUUCGAGACAGCCGAGCUGCAGAGAGAUCAUUACAAAACCGAAUGGCAUCGGUACAAUCUGAAAAGACAAGCUGCUGAGCUUCCAGCUAUAGGAAUUGAGCUUUUCAAUGAGAAAGCUGCAUCGUUCAACCCAACAAAGCCAGUCGUUGCUGCUUCAGUUGAACCAUUGUACUGCAAGGCUUGUCGGAAAUCAAUCAAAUCGGAGAAUGCAAUGACUGAUCACGUAGCUAGCAAAAAGCACAAGGAAAAUGAGAAGAAGAUUGAGGAUGAUGUGAAGAAAGGUCCAAAGCAACCAAGAAAGAAGCCAGAGAAUUUGCCAAAGAAACCUGAGUCACUAAAGGAACCUGAAAAUGAUGAAGAUGAUGACUCGAGUGGAUGGGAAACUGACGAUGAGGAGGAAGGUGUGGAGGAACUAAAUGAGGAUGAUGCUCUUCCAGUCACAUCUUGUCUGUUUUGUCCACAGACAAAGCCUAAUAUGGAUGAAAUGCGUACUCAUAUGAACUUCCAUCAUGGAUUCCAACUUCCAGACAGGCAAUACUUGAGCGAUGAACUUGGAUGCUUAAGCUACUUGGGACUUAAAGUUGGAGCUGGUCGUUGCUGUAUCUUCUGCCCAGACGUUAAAGCCAGAUACGAAUCAGUUCAGAGUUGUCAGCAGCACAUGCGAGAUAAGCAGCACUGCAAACUCCGCAGAGAUCCUGAAAGCAUGAUUGAGCUCGACGACUACUAUGAUUACAGUCCGAUGUAUGAUGGAGAUGAUCAAGAUAAGUCAGAACUGUUUGAUGAUGGAUGGUCGCUUACUCUCCCUUCUGGAGCUAAAAUUGGACACCGUAACCUUCAUCGAUAUUUCAAACAAUACCUUCGCCCAGUUGAUGGUACACAGAGACUUGUUUCAAGAGCAGCACUCGAUAAAGCAAAGGGAUUCUAUCCAGCUCUCGCUUGGACUGGAACUACGACUGUCGCGGCCAAGAAGGUUGCUCGAGACAUGAAGUUCGUUGAGCGUUUCCGUCGUCGUUUCGAUCUGCGUGUGGCAGUCAAGUCGAACAAGUUGUUCAAGACAAACGGAUUCGUCGGAGACAAUCAUUGACCACUUCAUUCCAAUUUUUCUGUUCCUGUUUGCUAACCUUGUUGUUUUUGCCGUUACCCCCGUUAUGUUGACAUUUUUCAAUGAAUAUCCAUCUG